AUGAAAAAUGGAAGACUCAUAAAUAAGCAAGCAGUACAACUAAUAUUAGGAUUAUAUGUGUUGUUCAUGUUUUUAUUUGUUAAUAUGAAACACUGUUAUGGAAAGAAUAUAAAUAAAGAUGAAUAUGUUAAAGGCGCAGAUAUAUAUAAAGCAAUAGUUAUAGAUGCUGGAUCUACAGGUACAAGAAUUCAUAUAUAUAAUUAUCAUAUAGUAGAUGAUGAGAAAGGUAAUAUAAAAAUAUAUAUUCCAUCUAUAAAUUAUAGAACCACACCUGGAUUGGUAUAUAUAUUGAACAGAUAUUUUUCUGGUGAAGAAGAAGAUUUCCAUAAUUAUUUUAAAAAUAUAAAAAGUUUUAUUUAUGAUAAUGUUGAAGAACAAAAACGUUUUAAUACAAUAAUAUUGUUUAGAGCAUCAGGAGGAUUUAGAUUGUUAAGUAUUAAUGAAUCAGAGAAAUAUAUGAACUUUUUAAAAAAUUAUUUCUUUACACAUUUCAACGAAUUUUUAUUAAUUGAUGAUUUAUUAGUAAAUGUGUUAAGUGGAAAGGAAGAAGCAAUUUUGUCCUUUGUUUCUAUAUAUGCUCUCCUUCAGAAUUUUAAUCCGAGCCCUCUUAUUUUUACGGACAAUGAUAUAAAUGAGGACAAAAAAAAUGAGCUGAAUAAUGAUAAUAAUAAUGAUGAUGAUGAUAAUAAUGAUGAUGAUAAUAAUAAUGAUAGUGAUAAUAAUAAUAAUGAUAAUAAUAAUAAUGAUAGUGAUAAUAAUAAUAAUAAUGAUAAUAAUAAUAAUAAUAAUAAUAAUGACAAUAAUAAUAAUAAUAAUGAUAGUGAUAAUACCAUUGGGGUCCUUGAAUUAGGUGGAGCAACCGCUCAAAUCGUUAUUAAGGUCCCCUUGUCUAAAAUGAACGACGAUAUAGUAAACCUAUUUAAUUACCAACAUAAAGAAAAAAAGAAAAAUAGCAUUAUUGAAGAAAACUAUAAAAAUAAAAAUAUCGUAAAAAUUAAUUUAUUUAAUCAAGAUAUAUUUUUAUAUUGUAAAAGUUAUCUUGUUUUGGGAAGACAAAAUGCUAUGAAAACUUAUUUACAUUAUAUUUUACAUAAACAUAAAGAAAUAGAUGAAAACAAUAAAUUUAUAGAAAUGGCAUGCUUCCCAAAAAACUUCAAAUUUCAUAUUAAUAACCUAUAUAAAACAUCAAUAGAAGAAGAUUUAUUAGAGUAUGAUGGAAACACAAAAAUAAAUGAUGAUGAAUAUAUAGGUGUGGGUAUUGGUAAUAUAAAUAUGUGUAGACAAGAAAUACAAACAAUUCUUGAUUAUGCACAAAUCGAUGAUUUACCAUUUAAAAUAAAAAAAUUUAUUAAAUUAUAUGGAAUAGAAAAUUUUCAUCAUUUUGCAGUGGAUAUAUUAAACAUUGCUGAAAGUUUUAAUCCCAUUUCUCUUAAUACACAUAUGUAUUUGGAAAAAGCACAAGAAGUAUGUCCCCUUACUAUAGAAGAAAUAAGAAAGGUUGUUAGACCUGAAUCGAACAUAGAAAAGGCUCAGACGUCAUGUUUUGGGCUCAUAUUUUUAUAUGAAUUUAUGAGAUAUAUUCUCAAAAUUGACAAAUCCAUAUUAUUUUAUUCAACCAAUUAU